AAACAUAUGGUACACUUUGUUAUGAUAUGGUUAGGAUUGUCAAUCAGUGAUCUGUAUCGCCGUACAAAAACUGCAUGGAUUUAUAGGUCUAAAAAGAGCCAAUAAAAAUGUUUGGGUAAGCCAAUUGAAUCAAGUACACUUCAUAAAGCAUUUCAUCUUUAAAUUACAAAUGGACACUUGCCAAUUAUGAUAAAACGACGUAUUGCAACUGAGAGCAUAUCAAAAUGUUACAUAACUUUUUGACUACUUACUCACCAUGGCUAGAUCUUGUACUUCACUGGAACUUAAAUAUACCUUUGCAUCUUCAAUUAAAAGAAAACGAAAAAAAUGAUUUUCCAGAAAACAAAGGUCAUAAGAUUAAUGAAAAAGUUCUACUUAUGUACAUGAUAAUUUUGUGGACCAUACUAUAUUCUCUUUCUAAAAAGUGCCUCAAUGUAUACUUUCGUAAUUUAGGAUAUGCAUUGAUACGCAGAAACCGAAUUGUCAAUGUUUUAUGGAGCUGUGGAUUUACGUAUGUCAUCUUUUUAUACACUCUACUGCUAUGGAACUCACUUCUCAAGCCAGAAUUAUCUGUCAUAAUUAUAAAAAGUUUUUACAUACACUACAGCAGCAUUAUACUACUAAAUAACAACUGGUUGAAAGGAUUUUCAAAUAUUUUCUUCAUGCUAUUUAUCUUUGGGAUUCCUCGACAAAGUCUUCAGCCAUCUGUUACAAGUAUUUUUCUACUUAAAUCUAUUGAUAUAUUGAUAUUGGAUCUGUGUCGAAUAUUAUACUUAAGGUGGCCAUUUAAAGUUAAACAGUUUUAUUCAAAAACAUUGUACAUAAUGUAUUGCAUGUUUUGGACUUACUUGUAUAUGGUGUACGUUCCCACAAAUUUACUAUUAUCUUAUAAAUAUCAAUUAAGGCAUGAAAAGUUAUUCCUAUGGCUGUGGUUUACAACUCAAUACCUGGAUUUCGUUUGGUUGGAUUUUAUAAGAAAUUUCAAUUCAUCACAGUUGCUAGACCUGUGCUUGUUUUCCAGUCCCUCUGCAGAAACUAUUCGUUUAACGAAAAUUUUAAAGGCUCACCGUGAAAUAGAAAAUCGAAAAAGUACUGAAACUGUGGCGGUGAAAAAAGAAUUGUGGCAAACGCUUCUUUGCGCUAUGACAAUGAAGAAAAAAAUUAAUAGACUAAGAAAAUCUAAGCAAGCAAAAGCCAAAGGUUUAUCUGUACAAGACGAUUCAGGUGAUACCAAAGAAACAGACUAAACUUAUGAAUACUGUGUAUUUGAAACGAUAAUCAUUAUCUUGUAAAAUAUGUAAAUAUUUAAAUAUAUCGAUAUUUUUUCUACAAAA